AUGUUUGAAGUCGAGGUCUUCGCAAUACUACCAAUGAGGUGUAUCAAUGCUGCAGCUCGCUUCAUCCCCUUGAUCGUUGUGAAAGUGAAGCGGACCGCUUCGAGACACUUCAACCCACGCGAUGUGGUGGUGCGAAUUACACAGAUUGACUUUCACCGCAUUCGGCUCGGAUCCUGUGUCCUGAUGCCCUGUCGUCAAAUCUCGAAGCUGUUAGAAAUGAGCUUGAUUGAGGGCGGAUUGCUUACUAGAGCAGGAAUUGCCUUCAAGAGGUGCAAAUGGCUGGGAGUAUCCAGUGCAAUCGAAGUUGUCCGUGGAAUACACCAAGCACUGGUCUUCAUAGUCGAUUAUUUGGAGGGUCCCUCCAAAGGCGAUGGAGAUGAAUGUGAAAAGAACCAAUGA